AUGCAUAAGAAGCAACGGCAAGCGGCUCAAGCCAUCCAGGCGCGAAAUGCCUCUUCGAAGGACAAGUCCAGGCAGCAACGGGAGGCGUCGAAGUCUGCGGUGCUUGAAACGAAGCGGUACCUUGUGCGAGAAGGUCGGGAGGAACAGAUGAAGUUACAACGACAGAGGCAGGAGGAGUGGAUGAGAGAUAGAGGGUUGAAUACGACUAGGGUUACGGCGAUACGUAAUCAGAAGGAGAAUGCAAGGAAGAAAAUUGAGGAGGAGAAGUUACGGAAGUUGGAGAACUCGAGAAUAGAAUAUGAAAAUAAAGUUCAACAAGAGGAGGCGAUUCGCUCUCGUACUGAGUCGUUGGUAUCCGCUAUGGAGAGGGAAGAGAUGGAGCUUAUUCAAGUGGGAUGA